AUGCAGCUGUGCGCCGGGGUGUGGGGUCUGCGCCUGGGCCGUGGAGUCGGGGGCGGCCGCCGCCCGGCGCGGGGCGCGGGCUGGAGUUGGGCGCUGCGGGGCCGGGACAGCAGCGGCGGCGGCGGCGGCGGUGGUGGUGAUGAGGAGCGCGGUGCGGCCGCGGCCUCGCGCCUCCUCGAGCGCCUCCUGCCCCGACACGACGACUUCGCUCGGAGACACAUCGGCCCCGGGGACAAAGACCAGAGGGAGAUGCUGCAGGCUCUGGGGCUGGCGAGCAUCGAUGAGCUGAUCGACAAGACCGUCCCUAACAGCAUUCGCUUGAAAAGACCCUUGAAGAUGGAAGACCCUGUCUGUGAAAAUGAAAUCCUUGCAAAUCUGCGUGCCAUUUCAAGCAAAAACCAGGUCUGGAGAUCAUAUAUUGGCAUGGGUUAUUAUAACUGCUCAGUGCCACAGGCCAUUCUGCGGAACUUACUGGAGAAUCCAGGAUGGAUUACCCAGUACACUCCAUAUCAGCCAGAGGUAUCUCAGGGGAGGCUGGAGAGUUUACUCAACUACCAGACCAUGGUGUGUGACAUCACAGGCAUGGACAUGGCCAACGCCUCCUUGCUGGAUGAGGCAACUGCUGCUGCGGAGGCGAUGCAGCUGUGCUGCAGACACAACAAGAGGAAGAAAUUUUUUGUUGACCCUCGUUGCCACCCGCAAACAAUAGCUGUUGUCCAGACUCGAGCCAAAUAUAGGGGAAUCACCAUUGAGCUGAAGUUACCCCAUGAAAUGGACUUCAGUGGUAAAGAUGUUAGUGGGGUGUUGUUCCAGUACCCAGACACAGAGGGGAAGGUGGAGGACUUUACAGAACUUGUGGAAAGAGCACAUCAGACUGGGAGCCUGACCUGCUGUGCCACUGACCUUCUAGCUCUGUGUAUCUUGAAGCCACCUGGAGAGUUUGGGGUAGACAUUGCUCUAGGCAGCUCACAAAGGUUUGGGGUGCCGAUGGGCUAUGGGGGACCACACGCAGCCUUUUUUGCCGUCAGAGAAAGCUUGGUGAGGAUGAUGCCUGGCAGGAUGGUAGGGGUAACAAGGGAUGCCACCGGGAAGGAAGUAUAUCGUCUUGCCCUUCAAACCAGGGAGCAGCACAUCAGGAGAGACAAAGCCACCAGCAACAUCUGCACAGCUCAGGCCUUGUUAGCCAACAUGGCUGCCAUGUUUGCUGUCUACCAUGGUUCCCACGGGCUGAAGCAUAUUGCUACAAGGGUGCAUAAUGCCACUUUGAUUUUGUCUGAAGGUCUCAAGCGAGCAGGGCACCAACUCCAGCAUGACUUGUUCUUUGACACCGUGAAGGUUCACUGUGGCUGCGCAGUGAAGGAGGUCUUGAGCAGGGCUGCUCAGAGGCAAAUCAACUUCCGGGUCUUCGAGGAUGACACGCUUGGUAUUUCCUUGGAUGAAACAGUCAAUGAAAAAGACCUGGAUGAUUUACUGUGGAUCUUUGGAUGUGAAUCAUCUGCAGAGCUGGUGGCUGAAAGCAUGGGAGAGGAGUGGAGGGGUAUUCCAGGGUCUGAAUUCAAGAGAACUAGCCCAUUCCUCACACACCAGGUCUUCAACAGCUAUCACUCAGAAACCAAUAUUGUCCGGUACAUGAAGAAGCUCGAAAACAAGGACAUUUCCCUUGUUCACAGCAUGAUUCCACUGGGAUCCUGCACCAUGAAGCUCAAUAGCUCCUCCGAACUCACACCCAUCACAUGGAAUAGAUUUGCAAACAUCCACCCUUUUGUGCCCCUGGACCAAGCUCAAGGGUACCAACAGCUUUUCCAAGAGCUUGAGAAAGAUUUGUGUGAACUCACAGGUUAUGACCAAAUCUCUUUCCAGCCUAACAGCGGAGCCCAGGGGGAGUAUGCUGGACUGGCCACUAUCCGAGCAUACUUAAACCAGAAAGGAGAGAAGCAAAGAACGGUCUGCCUCAUUCCGAAAUCAGCACAUGGGACUAACCCAGCAAGUGCCUACAUGGCAGGCAUGCAGAUUCAGCCCGUGGAGGUGGACAGAUUCGGGAACAUCGAUACUGCUCACCUCAAGGCCAUGGUUGAUAAAUACAAGGAGAAGCUGGCUGCUAUCAUGAUCACAUACCCAUCUACCAAUGGUGUGUUUGAAGAGAACAUCAGUGAUGUGUGUGCCCUCAUCCAUCAACAUGGGGGACAAGUGUACCUGGACGGGGCAAAUAUGAAUGCUCAGGUAGGAAUUUGUCGUCCAGGAGACUUCGGGUCUGAUGUGUCACACCUAAAUCUUCACAAGACCUUCUGCAUUCCCCAUGGAGGAGGUGGCCCUGGCAUGGGGCCCAUCGGAGUGAAGAAACAUCUUGCCCCCUUUCUGCCAAAUCAUCCUAUCAUUUCAAUCAAGCCGAAUGAAGAUGCCUGGCCUUUGGGGACAGUCAGCGCCGCCCCGUGGGGCUCCAGUUCCAUCUUGCCUAUUUCAUGGGCUUACAUUAAGAUGAUGGGAAGCAAGGGCCUUAAACAGGCCACAGAAAUUGCGAUUUUAAAUGCCAACUACAUGGCUAAACGAUUAGAAAAACACUACAGAGUCCUUUUCAAGGGUGCAAGAGGCUAUGUGGCUCAUGAAUUCAUUUUGGACACAAGACCCUUCAAAAAGUCUGCAAAUAUUGAGGCCGUGGAUGUCGCCAAGAGGCUCCAGGAUUAUGGAUUUCAUGCCCCUACCAUGUCCUGGCCUGUGGCAGGUACUCUCAUGAUUGAGCCUACUGAGUCAGAAGAUAAAGCAGAGCUGGAUAGAUUCUGUGACGCCAUGAUCAGCAUCCGACAGGAAAUUGCUGACAUAGAGGAAGGCCGCAUUGACCCUAGGGUCAACCCACUGAAGAUGUCUCCACACUCCCUGACCUGCAUCACGUCCUCCCACUGGGAUCGGCCAUACUCCAGAGAGGUGGCAGCUUUUCCUCUUCCUUUCGUGAAAGCAGAGAACAAAUUCUGGCCAGCCAUCGCUCGGAUUGAUGACAUCUAUGGAGAUCAGCACCUGGUUUGCACCUGUCCACCCAUGGAGGUUUACGAGUCCCCAUUUUCUGAACAGAAAAGGGCCUCUUCUUAGUCUGCUCUCCAGGAGAUCAAGGGACUGAACUCUUUCUAGAGCACUUGACAAGAAAUUCUUCCUCUCCUGGCUGUGGCGCGGAAGGGUUUUCACAGACUGUUUAUUUUUGUAAUCUUCCCAGGUAAAUGUCAGUACAGCCGGCACACUGAGCAGCGGCAGCUCUUUGGGAGCUGAUUCGCUCCUUUAUUCUGUUCCCACAUGUCCCGGUUGCUGUUCAAGUUGCCUUGAUUGGGAGCCGUUUAGUUUUCUGCAUAUAAAAUUUUGUAUGUACUAGCAACUUUAAAUUCCAGUGUGAAAAGUUUGCAGAUGUUAGAGCCUAUGCUGGAAAUUCAAGGCAUAUUUUUUGGUCCAAAUAAGUCCUUGUGGACUGUGCCCACCUGUGGGGAAUCCCACAGCAGAUGUUUACAUUUUGUGUACACUGAAGAAUUUUUUUCCUGACUAACAUGACUAAUCUGUAGUAGCAUUUCUAAGUGUUUUCCUUUUACUGUGUGCAUUUUUUAUCUGCAUUUGUUAGUAUUCUAAUAAAAAUUCAAUUUGAA